AUGGACAUCGAGGGUCAAACGCGCCGCCGCCGGCACAGCGCCGGUAGCAGCAGCAGCGUCAAGCAACAUCAUCACCACCACCAGCACGGCGUCGGCGGUGCCGACAAUGCCGUCGACGACUCGGCCAACCUCGAGCGCAUGGGCCACAAGCAGGAGCUCACGCGCAACUUCUCCAUGAUCUCCAUGCUGGGCCUCGCCUUCGCCAUCCUCAACACGUGGACCGCGCUCGCCGCCUCCAUCACCCUCGCCCUCCCCUCAGGCGGCACCAGCGCCGUCGUCUGGGGGCUCGUCGUCGCCGGCCUCUGCAACCUCUGCCUCGCCGCCUCGCUCGCCGAGUUCCUCGCCGCCUACCCGACCGCCGGCGGGCAGUACCACUGGGCCGCCAUCGUCUCGUGGGCGCCCGCCAGCCGUGCUGUCAGCUACACCACCGGCUGGAUCAACGUCUCGGGCUGGGUCGCCCUGAGCGCGACGGGCGGCCUGCUGGGCAGCACCUUUGUGCUCAACAUCGUCACCCUCUUCCACGCCGGGUACGAGCCCCAGCCCUGGCACCAGUUCCUCCUGUACAUCGCCUUCACCCUCGUCGCCUUCCUGGUCAACACCUUCUUCACGCGCCUGCUGCCGCUGCUCACCAAGGCGGCCUUUUUCUGGUCCAUGGCUGGCUUCGUCGUCAUCAGCGUCACCGUCUUGGCCUGCGCCUCGCCCAACUACCAGAGCGGCGAGUUUGUCUACGGCCACUUGAUCAACGAGGUCGGCUGGCCGGAUGGGCUGGCCUGGAUGCUCGGCCUGCUGCAGGGCGCCUUUGCCUUGACGGGCUUCGACGCGACCGCGCACAUGAUCGAGGAGAUACCCGAUCCGCAGCGCCAGGGCCCCAAAAUCAUGCUGUACUGCAUCGCCAUCGGCAUGUUCACCGGCUUCGUCUUCCUGUCGUGCCUCCUCUUCUGCGUCGGCAACAUCGACGACGUCAUCAAGGCGCCGUACGGGCCGCUGCUCCAGAUCUUCAUGGACGCCACCGGGAACAAGGCCGGCAGCACGUGCCUGCUCAUCUUCCCGCUGCUGUGCAUAGUCUUCGCGACGACGACGCUCAUGGCGACGAGCAGCCGCAUGAGCUACGCGUUUGCGCGCGACCGCGGCAUGCCCUUUAGCCGCGUCUUUGCGCGUGUGCAUCCCGGCCUCGACGUCCCGCUCAAUGCUCUCCUGUGGACCGCGGGCUGGGUGCUCGUGUUUGGCUGCAUCUUCCUGGGCUCGUCUAGCACCUUCAACGCCAUCACGUCGGCGUUGGUGGUCGCUCUCGGCGUGACGUAUGCGAUACCGCCGGCCAUCAAUGUCCUCCGGGGCAGGACGAUGCUGCCCGAGGACCGGUCGUUUAAGAUCCCUGAGCCAUUCGGAUGGAUCCUCAACAUUAUCGGCAUCUUAUGGACGAUUCUCACGACCGUGCUCUUCGUCUUCCCGCCCGAGAUUCCCGUCACGGCAAACAACAUGAACUACUGCAUCGUCGCGUUCGGGAUCAUUCUCCUGAUCGCGGGUCUGACCUGGAUCUUCGACGGGCACAAGAACUACAAGGGUCCCAAGGUGGACGUGCAGGCAUUAAUGAGCGGCAAGGUCGAGGCCAUGGACCCGGUGAAACCCGUCGAGUCCCCAGCAAAGCCCGAAGAGGAAAUGGUUGAGAGGAGACGGACAGAGACGGUGGGAGAAUAGCACAGUAUUACAGAAGAAUACUAGUAGACGGUGAUGCGGG